AUGAGUCGGUACGGAGUCCUUGUAAUCGGUCCUGCUGGGUGCGGAAAGUCCACCUUCUGUGCUUCACUUAUCGCCCAUAUCAAGAACAUCAAGCGGUCAUGUAUCUACGUCAACUUGGACCCCGCAGCUGAAGAGUUUGAAUACGAACCCGAUGUCGACAUCAAAGAUCUUAUAUCUCUUGAGGAUGUAAUGGACGAGAUGGGACUUGGUCCCAAUGGCGGCUUAAUGGCCUGUUUUGAAUUCCUCAUGGACAAUCUCGACUGGCUAGAAUCCGAGCUCGGUGAAACCGGCGAAGAAAGUCUCACAAUAUUCGACUGUCCGGGCCAAAUAGAACUCUACACGCACGUCCCCAUCCUGCCGAACCUGGCCAAGCAUCUCACGGGUCACAUGUCUUUCAACCUCUGCGCGGCAUAUCUCCUUGAGUCCACAUUCGUCAUCGAUAAGACAAAGUUCUUUGCUGGGACGCUCAGUGCGAUGAGUUGCAUGAUCAUGCUGGAAAUUCCUCAUAUCAACAUUCUCUCGAAGAUGGACCUUGUGAGGAACCAGGUCAGUAAAAGGGAGCUUAAAAGAUUCUUGGACCCAGAUCCAUCCAUCUUGGCCACGGAUAUUCAUGCGGAGACGAACCCAAAGUUUCACAGGUUGAAUGAAUGCGUGGUGAGCUUGAUUGAUGACUUCUCAAUGGUCCAGUUUCUCCAAUUGGAGAGUCAGAAUGAAGACAGCGUUCAAGCUACACUCAGCUAUAUUGACGACUGUCUGGGUUGGUCUGAGGUUCAGGAGCCUCAAAUAAAAGAUGUUGAUCAAGAUUGGGAAGAACCAGCGGAAGAUUAA